AUAACGACUACUACUUACUCUUCGUUCAACCUCUAAACCAACUAACCCCCCUUGACAGCUGGUCUUUUUUAUUGUUAUUGUCUUUCAUUUUUCAUCCAGUUACUUUUUGAAGGAUUGAAUUCUUCUGAACUUAAUCGACAAGAACCAUUUACUACUUACUACCAACCAGUACCAGCUGAUAACCACCGCCACUGCCCAGAACCACUGUUCUUAUUAGCCAACAUGAUCCCUGCUUGUUGAACUUCCCGUACCCCUCCUCCUCUCUCUCUCUCUCUCUCUCUCUCCCUCACUCUCUCUUCUUCCCUCCUCCCACCACCUCGGACUGGUGCCAUCUGGUCGGGGCAUGUGUUUGUGUGCAUCGGCUGGGCCGUCCUCCUCGCUCUCUCUCCCAUCAAGCCCGAAAGCAUCAUACACUCAACACAAUCACAUGGUCUAUACCUCUGGCCUAGGUCCAGAGCAUCUAUAUACUUCACCCGGUGUGAACAUGAACAUGAACAACCAUACGAAAUACCCAACACUAGCGGUCACCGAGAUCAGCCUACCGUACAUGGACGCCUAUACUUCCGAGGACAGCAGGAGCAGCAGGAGUAGCAGCGUCGCCACCCGCCAAACCAACUACAUCCCUCCCUUACCGGCCUCUCCUGCUGCGACAACAGAAACCACUACCACGACCUCAUCACCUCCUUCGACUUCUCCAUCCCGCCACCGCAAGGCCAGUUUCCAAAGCAGCUCCGGUAGCCACGGUAGCAGCAGCAGCCGCAGCCGCCGUGGCCGUCGACAGAGCUCUCUCUACUCGCAGCACCGGCGCAUCGCCACCGCACCGACGACCGUCUCCAUCACCCCGAUUGCCGACCAACCCUCCCGCCGGGAGGAUCUACUGGCGCUGCACCGGGAAUCCUGUCGCUUGUUCCAGCAACCCCCCACUCCGACGGCCCCGUCCACCCCGCCGCGCAACCAGCGCUCACCCAGUACCAGCUCUAGCCUCACCACCACCAUCACCACCACUACCAGCAGUCCCAAGGCCAGCUCGCCUUUCUCUGCGGUCCGCGAAGUCUACAAAACCCCCGUCCGCGCGUCCACCCUCCCCGUCUGGGACCGCGCCGACGACGCCACCCCGCAGACCACCGUGACGGUCAUCGACUGGACGUCGCCGUCCACGCGACGACGGGAGUACGAGAAGAUCGACAAGGCGAGUAGCGGGGUCCGCGGGUUCUGGAGGCGUGUGGCGCCCAAGUGGUGUCAGUCGCGGGCUCGGCGGAUGCCGUUCUUCGAGGAGAAGGAUGGGAAGGGGAACUAUGAGGGGAGUGUGCGGCGGUUUCGAAUGGAUAUUCCGGAGUGAGCUGCGGAGUUAGGUGAUAUAUUUUAGCCAGAUUUUGAUACCCAUAGAUUGUCGAAUGUUUUUGCAGUUUAUCGCUGGAAUGUGCAUUGGUCUAGGUGGUGAUUAUAGACUUGACUGGAAAUAUGAAGAAA